GCUUUGCUUUGCUUUGCCUUCCCCACUUCUUUACUUUCAUGAAUCCUCUCAGCAUUUGCGGCAUUCCAGUUGCGCCCGGUGCCACUUCCGUCCCCACCACCUCCUUGUCCAGCCUCGUCCUUUGCGUCGUUACUUCAAUCUUGGUGCGCUCUAGUUGUUACUUAUCGGGGUUAGAUACCUCUCCUUGAUUCGCUUGAUCGGUGACAGUGUGUGUGCAUUUGUGGACCCUGAUAACGUCGUUGAGCUGGGAUUCGGUAUUUGUGUUAGUUCGUUGAGUUGGACUGUGUUGUUUUUUUUAUUGUUUCGUUUUCCUCUGAGUUGAGUCAAUGUGAUGGUGGAUUGAAUGGUGUUUGAUUUCGUGGGUGGUGUUGCAUUGUUGGAGAGUGCGUGUCGCUGGUGCUAGGGGAUGGUUGUGACGGUUGGCUCUGUUGCGGGGGUCGUUCUUCUUCUUGAGUUUUUUGAAUGAAGGGAGAUCUCGGUAUUGAUAUAGCUACUUCCUUUUCUGGGUGAUAGCCAAGCUUUGUAUUAUCUAGGAGGAGAUCAUGUUCACUUUGAACUUGUGUGGUUCAGUGUGAGACUCGUCUGCAAGGAAACUUGACAAUCGUUGGUACUUUUCUAAUAGAGCGCUUUUGAGCUCACACAGGCUCCACUCGUGUUCGACAUACCGCCUGACAAUGGGGACAUUUCAAUGCUCUUUCUGUGCUUUGUGAUUCUUGUGUGGAGAUUAUUGGACAACGAGACUGAGAGGUCCACUCUCUAUUCGUACUCUCCGAGGGUACAUGGAGCGAGGAACUGGGUACAUUUUUUAUUCAGGGAUAUCAGUAUAAAUUGCUUGGAAGUUUGACGGAAGUCCAGUAAACAACCAAUAUCCCAGUCCGCGCAUAGCGGAUGGUGUAUCAGUUCUUGCUGCAGUUGAAGUCCUCAUCAUGACCUCAAAGACCUUCAUGGGUGUUCUUGGGAAUGAACCCUGGUCGCCCAAGAUUCAUACUGCUGAUCUAGUCAAGCGCAAGAGACUUGUAUGGAUGGUCAGUGUUGCUGGCUUAUGUUGCUUUUUCUACAUCUUAGGCUCCUGGCAGAAUAGCGCUAACGAUCUCCGACUGAUUUCAUUCGAAGACCAGAAGGUUGCCCGUUUGCCUUGCAAAUUACCGGGUGGGCUUGAUUUUAGCGCCCACCAUAGCUCGUUGAACUCUGAAUCCGGAUCGAAUUACACCACAUUCGAGCCAUGUGACAUGAAGUACAGUGAAUACACUCCAUGCGAAGACACCGAGCGAUCGUUGAAAUUUCCGAGAGACAAAUUGAUAUACAGAGAAAGGCAUUGUCCUAAGGAGGACGAGCUCCUCCAGUGUUUGAUUCCUGCUCCGGCUGGAUACAGAAAUCCGCUGCCAUGGCCUCAAAGUCGAGACUAUACAUGGUUUGCCAACACCCCUCACAAGGAACUAACUGUUGAGAAAGCAAUCCAAAAGUGGGUGCAGUUUCAAGGUGAGAAGCUGUACUUCCCAGGAGGUGGAACUUUCUCUGCUGGUGGUGCUGAUAAAUACAUCGACGACAUCGCUGCUCUCAUUCCCCUUAAUGACGGGUCUAUCCGAACGGCAAUCGAUACUGGCUGUGGGGUUGCAAGCUGGGGUGCAUACUUGCUGAAGAAGAAUGUAUUAACCAUGUCGUUUGCACCUCGGGAUACGCACAUUUCUCAAGUCCAAUUUGCUUUAGAGAGAGGAGUUCCGGCGAUCCUUGGAGUUAUGGCUGAGAACCGCAUGCCAUACCCAGCACGAUCAUUUGACAUGGCACACUGCUCUCGUUGCCUUAUUCCAUGGGCUAAAUAUGAUAGUUUGUACUUGAUUGAGGUCGACCGUGUGUUAAGGCCAGGGGGGUUUUGGAUCCUUUCUGGGCCGCCAAUCAACUGGGAAACUCACCACAAGGGUUGGCAACGGAGCGAAGAGGAUUUGAAAGAUGAACAAGAUAGUAUUGAGAACGCAGCUCGAAAUCUUUGCUGGAAGAAGUAUGCUGAGAGAGACAACCUUGCAAUCUGGCAGAAGCCUCUAAACCACGCUAAAUGUGAGAAGCAGCGAAAGCUUGACUCAAGCCCCCACAUAUGCAGCCGCGCUGAAAACCCUGAUAUGGCCUGGUAUUGGAAGAUGGAAACAUGUAUUACCCCACUACCCGAAGUCAAAGACACGAAAGAAGUCGCUGGCGGCGCUCUUGCAAAGUGGCCUGUAAGGCUGACAGAUGUACCUCCUCGAAUUUCAAGUGAAUCUAUUCCGGGAUUAACUGCUGAGAGUUUUAGAAACGACAAUCUUUUAUGGACCAAACGUGUGAAUUAUUACACUGCACAUCUGAUUACUCCAUUGGUCUCAGGCAGAUAUCGGAACAUCAUGGACAUGAACGCAGGACUAGGAGGCUUUGCUGCUGCUCUGGUGAAGUAUCCAGUUUGGGUGAUGAAUGUCAUGCCUUUUGAUGCUAAGCUCAAUACUCUAGGUGUAAUCUAUGAACGUGGGCUGAUUGGCACAUAUCAAAACUGGUGCGAAGCAUUUUCAACGUAUCCACGAACAUACGACCUCAUUCACGCAAGUGGCGUCUUCAGCAUGUAUCAGGACCGGUGCAAUAUUGAGGAUAUCUUGCUGGAGAUGGACCGGAUAUUGCGACCUGAAGGUGCCAUUAUAAUACGUGAUGAAGUAGAUGUUUUGAACAAUGUGAUGAUGAUAUCAAAUGGUAUGCGCUGGGAAACUCGUAUUGCAGACCAUGAAGAUGGGCCUUUGGUGAGUGAAAAGAUACUCAUAGGGGUUAAAACCUACUGGGUUGGAUCAAAUUCGAAUAAAACAGGUGCAAGCACAUAGCAUGCCAUGAAUGCGUAUCGUAUCAUGAGCUGUAGGUUUUAACAUUCUGUUUUGCCCAUUCUUUUCCUGAGUGAAACGUCAGUAAGAUAUAAGUUUGUCCUUAAUUUUACAAGCUUGGCCAGUCUCUAGAGAGGAUUAUAAGUCUUAAGAGUUGGUUAGCAUAGGCCCCAGUGUCCAACCCUCUGAGAGUUGAUGUUCUUUAUCGGAGAGGACACAUAACUCAGAGCAAGCUUCUUCCUGUGUGGAAUCGGUGACCAUUGAAUGCUGCGAUCACUCUAAAUCAUCAGAGAUGGAACUAACAUCAGCAAUGACAUUGCAUUAUUUUGUAACCCUUCACAUUGAUUCAUCAGUGAUUCUGAGACCUGAAAAAUGAUCUGCUUCAACUGAA